AAGAUCACGGAAUAGUAUUUUCCAAUUCACUGCCACUAUCUAUCUGAUGGGGUGAUUCUCUGAUUGUGGUUGAAUGGUGUAGUCACAUGAGGGCGCUAGUCAUGUCGUCCAUGAAUGGCCCGGUUACCCGUGUAGCAAUCUUAGUGUUGUGGGGGCACAAAAGAUAGUUCCAGGUUUAAUGAUGUAUUAAUUUAUAAAAUUGAAUGGCUUGGAUCCGGGAGCUGUGGGUAAAAUGCAUAUGGGCAGAUAUCUAAUACUUUAAUAGUCCAUACCACCUAAUAGAGGGAUUAAGCUGCAAUGGUUAAGUUUCCUGUGCCCAUGGAUAUGCAUGUUAAGUGGUCGUUGGUGCCAAAACUUUGGAUCUUGUCUGAAAUCUUGUUGACAACCUUGUGUUGAUCCGUGUUCGGGGCCUGGAAUGGUCCUGCAAAUCUGCUGAAUUGCGGGGUGAGGAGUCCCUAGGCUAGGGGCAGAUUGGCUACAUCGGCUGGUAUGUUAUACAUGAACAGGUAUUAAUUAUGGUGGAGGGUGCAAGUUGCAUGUUAAAUUUGGCAAUGUGGGGUGCACGUACGUGUACCUCCACCUUUAUAACUGUACGUGUAUGUACACUGUAUUAUGACCUUGGAAGUACAGUCCGCACCAUGUACUUGUUAAGUUGUAAACAUGUAGUCCCAGCAUAUUCCGCACUGAUCAUGGAAAUUGGCAGUUAGUUUAAUUUAUGGAACCGAAGAUUCAUGUUUGUUCACAUUAAUGGUUUUGUAUUAGCAGGUCUUUUCUUGGGUGGAGAAUAAAAUCAACAAUAAACCAGGCUUGACAGUGACACGGGAACCCCAAUUUGGCUUCACCACCUCAUUCCUUACUCGUCACCGGGGAUUACACUACAGGGUGAGGAACUGGUGAUGCAUUACAGAAUAUUUAACAGGGAAUUAACUACAGGUAGAAAAAUGCUAAGCCUUGGCAUUCACCUCAAUAAACUGAAUAGAGCUGUCAAACUAAAAGACAGAAUGACGAAUGCAGGAUAGACAGGAGGACAGCUACGGUUAGAUAGUAAUGUCCUAGCAAAAUGCCAAACGCCAUUGCUGCCAACUGUGCCAACUGAAUACAGCAUGAUGACCUACCUGCAUCCAUCCUAUGUGUGACACCGUCUUUAUGCCCACUACUGUACAGAUCAUAUCAUCUCAUUAAUUACACACCCCUCCUACCAAACAAUGGAGUGACCCCUGGCCAGAGGGUGGGUGGUCUGCAUGGCAGAAGAGCUACAUCAGAGGAACAAUUUCCAGAGACCAGAGUGUUGCCAGAGUGGAAAGACAUUCCAUGGCCUUUUCUAUCUCCUGGGACAGUCCAACCUUACUUGAGCCCUAACUCUGCUCCAACCAUAGCCUCUUCUGUCCAUGUCUGUCUGCAUCUUGUCAGCAAUGGCAAACUUUGACUGCCGUCUGACUGGAGACAGUGAGAGCAGGAGACCAACUGUGCAGUGCACAGAAGAUAACGUCAACCCGCCAGUUGAGGAGAUCAAGGAAAUCUUGAUCACAUUAAACGAUCCCUAUGAGAGGUUGAGGAAAAUACUUCAGAAAGUGGCCCAAAAUGGAGAAGUGUCAAAUACUCCUUACCUCAACCCACAUGAGGCUGUGGAUCCUCCUCCAGAUAUUCAAGUGCAGUGCACAGAAGAUAAUGAGAAUAUACUCAUUGAGGAGAUCAAGGACGUCUUGAUUACAGAGCAUGACCCGAGUGAGAAGUUCAAGAAAAUGCUUCUGGUUGUCUGCAACUCACCUGGACCAUGACAGAGUGAAGGUGUCGUGAACACGUAUGUAAGUAUUUUUUGGCCAAUAAACCAGAAAACUACAAGCAGUACCAACAAGGACGGAGGAGCACCCAGUCGCUCAGCCUCCAGUCGAGAGGCGAUGCGAGCGUAUACGAGGGGGCAUGUGUGACCUACAUGUAGGGUUUGUAACUCCCGAUCAUAGGGUCAGGGGUUCAAAUCCAACACUGGUUACACGUUGUGGCCUUGGGCAAGUCACUUUACCCCAACAUGUAAUCCCUCCAGCUCCAUUCAUGAAUAUAAAUGGGUGCUUCAUCUGAGGGCAAAGAUGACUACCAAGCACAUUAGCUUUGUGCUCCUGAAGCAGUUGCACUAAGCUGUAUUCCCCCAAACAGGGGUAUGACAAGCAGUUGCACUAAGCUGUAUUCCCCCAAACAGGGGUAUGACAAGCAGCUGCACAAAGCUGUUUUCCCCCAAACAGGGGUAUGACAAGCAGCUGCACAAAGCUGUAUUCCCCCAAACAGGGGUAUGACAAGCAGCUGCACAAAGCUGUAUUCCCCCAAACAGGGGUAUGACAAGCAGCUGCACAAAGCUGUUUUCCCCCAAACAGGGGUAUGACAUCAUCUGAUUAAAACUACAACACACAAAUGGUAUGUUUGUUGUUAGUUUAAAAGAAAAUAUGGAUAGCUCAAGCAAUAAUGCCCUGUUUGCUCUGGAAGAGAGCGGGAUCAAGCCUUUGGGGUUGGAAGUUCCCACUUCCAUUUACCCCCAAGCCCAAAGUAUCACAGGUCCAGCUACACUGAAUCCUCAGUGGAAGGUGGGACCAUGAUAUGUUCAAAGGGAACACCCUUGCUUUAUGACGAGAAUUUCAAACCGCAUACAUUCAAAUACUUCUUCUUGGUGGUGGGCAGCACUGGAUCCCAUUGAAAGCAGCUCGACUAAAGUAUCCGUAAAGCCAAAAGAAAGUGACAAUAUAACAUUGUAGAUGAUGGGAUGAGGCAGCUGGACUGAAGUACAUCACAGUUAAGGGGGCAGAUGGAGUGAAGAACAGAGAGUGAACUUCAUCCAUCAGUAAAUAGGAUGACUACCUCACAAUCCAAAUCACCAAGGUCCAGGCUGAGGACCGCAUCAGGGUUCACAGUCAUAGUAUCAACAGGGAAAGGAAAAGACUGCCUAUGGGUGAUAAGUGCACGCAUCCAACCCAGCCUCAGAUGUCUCGUACAUAAGUGAAAACAUUCACUGCAAAGCAGUGAAGUCUCUGCAACAGACCUCUGAAAAAACAACAUACACUAUGUGUCACAGUUCUUGUAUUCCAUAUGUGAUACCACAUCUGGCAAUACAGGUGCCCAUGGUGUUUUCAGAUGUGUGAAUCUAGCUGAAAGAAAAGACCAACUACGGAGAUGAAGCAAAUCAACGUAAAAACACGGCACACCUAUCACUGCUUCAAGAUCAUCCUUGUGUGACCUUGAAAUGAAUAAUUUAAGUUCAAACGCUGGCAGGCCCUGUUUUAAACUGCAAGGCCCCAGAGCACAUAUUCAUUUUUCUUCUCGAGAUAAAUUCACAGCAGCUCUGAAAAAGCACUGCUAAUAAUAAACAUGUAGUUAUCAAAGUUAUUCCAGGUCACCUUGCUGUCCAAAGGACAUGCCUGUAUGUGCAAGGUGCAUGCAUCACCUGUCAAUGCUGGAGAACAACCUGAACUCUCAAUCACAUGUCAACAGUCGAUUGCAUUACACUUUUUGGCAGCAAGCCAGCAAACCCUCAUAUAACACCUCCUCCCAUGUUUUACCAGUCAACUGCAAGGUGCGUGAGGGCAACAGGUGAACGUGGAGAAGCUUUGGUCCACAUGUCACCAGUUGACAGCAACACACUUUGCAACAACCUGAACUCCCAUGUUUCAUCGCCACACUGCAACAGACUCAAGAGCAUGGUGAAGACACCACCUAGAGCAGCCGAGCCCAAUGUGUCACCAAUUUGAUGCAAGACUGCCCAGAUUACCUUGGACUUUUAAGUGAUGUGAGCCAACAGCAACGACUCUAGAGCAACAUGUGACUACCAUCUUGUGCAGUCUGAACUACUUGUCAAUAGCCAAUUAAAUGGAGUAGUUGGACUGCUUUGAGUAACUGGUUGGCACCAAUAAGCAUCUCCAGAGGAAACUGUAGCUUCAUGUGCCAACAAUGAUUGGCAGCUAAAGGCCCAAGAGCAGCAAACGAUUAUCACUUGGAGGAGUUGGAGCCCCCAUAUUACCAGUUGAUGAGAGCACUUCCUUGACCAAACUGAAACUCCAUGUGCGGCAGCUGAUGGCAACAGGCUCAGCAGCCGCACGUGACUUCCAU